AACUAGCCGCCCCACCCCCAUCCCAGCCAAACGAGGGACCCCAGGAAAAACCGGGGGCAAGAGUUGCAAAAGAGGAGGUGAGUAGAAGGAAGGAACGGGGCGGCUGAGUAGUUAAGGGGCCAGUCCUUUUUGUCCGGCUUUGCGAGGAGACGCAGGCUGGGAGGGCAAGCGGCGUGCGCGGGGCGCGCUGGCCACAGCCCCUUACCUUGCACUUGUACCCGAGGGCAGCUUGGCGCCCGGCUCAGGGGCGGUGGGAGGACUCGCGCUUUCCUUUCACUUUCUCGGGUCGCCAAACCCGACACCUGGGGACUGAACCAGAGCUCCCACCACGCCGGCCCGGCAGGAGGAAGCAAGGCGCGCAGGGCCGGGACGGAAAACUAGAAUAAAGUCAACAUUACCUGCCCGCAGAGGUGAGGCGAGCGAGCCAGGUGCAUUCUAGGUGUCAGGAGCCAUGCAGUUCUCCAGUUCCUCCAGGGGAGCAGAUGAGAAUUUUGACUAUUUGUUCAAGAUCAUCCUCAUUGGGGAUUCCAAUGUGGGGAAGACGUGUGUGGUGCGGCAUUUCAAAUCUGGAGUCUACACAGAGACACAGCAAAACACGAUUGGGGUGGACUUCACCGUGCGCUCCCUUGAGAUCGAUGGCAAGAAAGUGAAGGUGAGAAAGGCAUGGGGUGUGGACACGGCGGGCCAGGAGCGUUUCCGGACCAUCACUCAGAGCUACUACCGCAGUGCCCAUGCCGCCAUCAUCGCCUACGACCUCACCCGACGGUCUACCUUCGAGUCUGUGCCUCACUGGAUCCACGAGAUAGAAAAAUACGGAGCGGCGAACUUGGUCAUUAUGCUGAUUGGGAACAAAUGUGACCUAUGGGAGAAACGGCAUGUCCUGUUCGAGGACGCCUGCGCCCUGGCUGAGAAGUGCGGCCUUCUUGCUGUUUUAGAAACAUCCGCCAAGGAGUCUAAGAACAUAGAGGAGGUCUUCGUGCUGAUGGCCAGGGAGCUGAUCGCCCGCAACAGCCUGCACUUAUUUGGGGAGAGCACCAUGAACAGCCUGGCCCUGGAUUCUAGGCCAAUCCUUGUGGCCCAGGGUCCGAGGGAAAAGACCCACUGCUCGUGCUGAGAUGUGCACGAGGCCAGCCGCAGCCAGGAGACGCCGCGUCCGACGUGGAAGGUAGCCGGGUACCCUGUCAGCGGCCACGCAGCAUUUCAAACCAAAGCAGACUUGCCGCUGGUCCUUAACCCUUCCCGCCCAGAUGGGGACCACUGUGCCUGGACUCACACCCCAGGCCAGACCUGCUGCCUCUGAGCAAAGCCACACCACUGUUUCUCUUGGCUCCGCUUUGGACUUGAAGGCAGAGGUAGGAAGACAAGGUCUGCUCUUCCUUAUACUUCCAUUUUGUCUCCCCAACCCUUCCAACCAUUUCCUACUGAAUUCUGCUUCUUGCUUGAAGAAGGUAGUGAAGAAAGAAUAAAGGAGGGAUAUUAAGAGAGGGGAGAGGAUGUUUAGAACAUUCCAGAGCAGUUUA